CAGCUUCCCCCUGAUCCGGGGACUCAAUUAUAGAAUGGCCGCCGCUGCUUGCGGCUCCCCCGGUGUCGCAGGCCCUGGAAGUCGGUCCGGAGAGCUUACCCAGCAGGCAGGAUCUCACCGGAGGAACCGGGGUACUGAUUCUAGGCGCAGACAGGCUGCCCUAUUUUUUCUUAACAACAUUUCUUUAGAUGGGCGGCCGCUGUGUCCAGUUCCCCAGCAGGCUUGGGAGGCCGCACCACCGAAAGAUGGUUUUGAACCGGCCGUCACCUCUCUCAGUCCUUCUCCACGGAUCCCCUCCAUCAAUGGUCCCAGGAUUAUACUGCCCAGGGACCCCGCAGAGGAAAUGGGGAAAACUAAAGUCGGUUUCUGCACACCUUCACCGGCUAUCAGAACAGUGCAGUCCUUAGGAAUAAUAAGUACCAGCACCUACACAGGAGAGAAGCUCAGUACGAAGCUUCAAUCUGAGUCUCCACAACAGUCUGUUUUAAAAAAGGUCCAUUUCAUUAAAAACAUGAAACAGUACGACAUCCGGAAUGGCAGAAUAGUUCUUAUCUGUGGUAAAAGAUCACUCUGUGGAGCGUUUUCUGUCCUGCCAUAUGGAGAGUGCCUAAGAAUCAGUGAUCUUCGAGUGGAAGGGACUCGACAGCGACAUCCUUCAGGGGGUGUCCCCUCUGCAAGUGACCCAGUAUUUGGAAUGGAAGGAGUGGUGCUAGGAGCAGAAGGACAGGUGGUCUCAUAUGCAAAGUUUCUGUACCCAACAAAUGCCCUUGUCAGCCAAAAAAGUGAAGGUCACGCUGUCACUUCCCAAAACAGAGCCAGCACAUAUGAGUCGGCCAAAAGAAACUUUUCAUCUACAAGAUUCUCAAAAGUGGUGCCAGGAACUGAAAUAGAUAUAGGUGAGACUGUAGAAUAUAACCCCAACAUUCUUGACGAUCCUCAGUGGCCAUGUGGAAAACACAAGCGUGUUCUCAUCUUUGCUUCCUACAUGACAACCAUAAUUGAGUAUGUUAAGCCAUCGGAUUUGAAGAAGGACAUGAAUGAAACUUUCAAAGAGAAAUUCCCAUAUGUGAAGCUCACCCUGAGCAAAAGCAGGAGCUUAAAGCGUGAGAUGAGAAACGUAGCACGGGAGUGUAACCUGGAGCCUGUAACUGUGGCUAUGUCCUAUGUCUACUUUGAGAAGCUGGUCCUGCAGGGCAAGGUGAACAAACAGAACCGCAAGCUAUGUGCAGGAGCCUGUGUGCUGCUGGCUGCCAAGAUCAGUAGCGACUUCAAGAAGCCAGAACUAAAGCAUCUGCUUGAUAAACUAGAAGAACGCUUCCGAACCGAUCGUCUUGAUCUGGUAGCAUUUGAGUUGACGGUUCUUGUUGCUAUGGAACUGGCCCUUUACCUCCCAGAGUCACAAGUAUUGCCUCAUUUUCGACGGCUGACUAAACAGCAGUAGUAGGGAUGUGCACCCUUAUUCUGCAAGCUAAUCAUCCUAACUGCUCUUUCUUCAUAGGAUGGAAAAAAACAAGUGACAAAGAUUAGAUUCUCACCUGUUGCAGAGCCAUUUACCAUUCUGUAGUUACAGUGCUCUGUCAGCUUAAAUGGUUUGAUGAUUGUAACAAAAAAAAAAAGGCAACAUGUAACCAUAGAUACCUUAGAAUAUCUAGCAUUUUGUUAUUUUUACAAAUAAAAUGAUAUAUAUAGCUCUCUCUCCCCUUACCAAAAAGAUAUGCAAGGUUGUAAACCAUAAGCACACUUUAGCAUCUUCUGCGUUGUUGCUAUAGGUUGUUCUGGCACUGGAGAUGGUAAGUCCCAGUUUUAUUUUUGUUUGUACAAAAAAAGAUGGUAAUAAAUGGCAAUAAAGAGCGUGUUCCACAAUGUUUAUUUUUAUAAACUGACAGCGUGAUAAGUGGAACUAUAGUUUUUCGUAUUGUUCAAUAUAUAUUUUUUUUUAACAUUUCUCAUUGGUUUCUAAUGGUUUUUAAAAUGUACAUAUGUGUUGCUUCCUAGUAGUUGCAUUCCAAAAAACAAUGAUACAUUUUUUUAAAAUAUGCAUAUUCUGAUGUGCCUAAAUUAAUCUGGUCUGGAACCAGUGUUUUUUAAUUUAAUGUAUUAUGUUACAUGCAUGUCAACAUGUCUUUAUUUUUGUACAUAUUUUCCAGAUUAUUGUAGUGGAGUUUUGUGAAUUGCAGUAAUAUUAAAGGGCCAUAGUAGUCGAAGAAUGAUGUGCUAGAUUUUAGAACAUGUAAUUUAUGACGCAACCCCGAGCAGCACCUGCACUGUGUGUUGAACACCUUUGCGUGUUUUAAACAAGCAGUGUUACAGGGUUGAUAGGGCACGUCAUUUUUCUACUACUAUGGCCCUUUAACAACAUUGUUCAUGGCAUUACUACCUACACAGUUAGUCAUUUUAGCCUCUAAGACUCCCUGUCAUAGACCGUACAGAUUCUCUUUUCAAAGUAAUAUAAGUAGGUAGCUCCUACCGUACUUGUGUGACAUUUAUUUUUUUAGCCAUGUGUAUAGGAAGUACCUUUCAUGUCUUUGUCAUUGGAAUAGAAUGCAAACCAUACCUGCAAUGAGAAUUCUCAUGUUAAUUUACAUUAUAGAUUGCUAGAAAAAAAGUUGUUGCGUCAUUAGGCUUUUUCUAAUAUACUAAAUUCCUUAUACCUUGUUAGCACCAAGUUUUUCAGUAAAGCUGAUAUUUCUGGCUGAAUAUAUAUAUAUAUAUAUAUAUAUAUAUAUAUAUAUAUAUAUAUAUAUAUACACACGUAUAUUGUAUGUACUUCUGUUCUUUUGGUAAAACCGUCCUGUGAGCACAGCCUUUGAUACCAAUCUUCGCCUCUGUAAAGGUAACAUGUUGCUGUAAGAUAGCAGUGCUGUUAUGGCUACAGCUACCUUUUGUUCUUCCAAGCAUUGUUAACCACUGUGACUAACCAUAUAAGCUGAUGUGUGUCACACAAACAAUAACAAUAAACUCUCUGUGAGAGACUUUUAUUUCAGCACAUUAGUCGUGCUAUACCGUUUCAUUACUUGUGGGUUGAUGCAGUGCAAAAUACUUGAUCUAGCUUGAAAACUGUUAAAUUAUUUGACUUUUUGAAUUAUCCUUCUGGCAAUGUACUAGGCCUCUCCUGGGUCUAUAAUAAAUAUAAAUGUGCUCUGAAGUCACCUUUAUUUCUUUUGUUGACUGACACUGUGUGUGACAGUGACAAAUUCUCUGGUAGCAUGUUUCUUUUAGAGACAUCAGCAUUUGUAUUCUCGUUUUUGAUUGGAGCCGUAGAUAAAUAUAAACUAAUUUAAUAUUCUUUUUUUUUUAAUAAUUACAAGGUUAGGCUUAAAUUAAACUUGAUGUCAAAAUGUGGCUGAAUGAUGAAACCAAAUCAUUUUAAACUUUUGGGAAUAUCUUAUAUUUUUCCAUUUUUAGGUGUAAAAGUGGUAAUUCUCUGACCUUUAAAUUUCUGCUGGUGAAAAUGCUGUAAUUUCUUAUAGCGAAACAUGGAAAAAGGCCUUGAUUUUUCAUUCCCACUUGGAAGACUCAAUGCUGAGUCCUGCUAUGCUUCAGCUUCUAUACAUACCAGCAACAUUGAUUUUUAUUGGCAAUUUUUCAACCAGCAUAUUUUAUUUUUUUUGUCCUUUCUUCCAACAUCAGUGUUUUCAGCACACAUAUGUAAUCUCUGCCAAAAAUAAUUUAAAUGCUUUUAUUAUACCGUUGUGCAACUCUACUGGUUUUAAUACGGUCACUUGUAAAGGCCUGCAACACCUUUUGAGCACAGCAUGUUAGUCUAGUUGUCAAUCAAGAUGUUUAGUCUGUUAUGGUGUGAAAAAAGUGUACACACUGUCAUUUUUUUACCCAUUUUUUUUUAGGUAAGAAAUAGUCCACAGUUAUAUGUGAUAAAUGUAAAAUUGGUGACCCUUAUAACAAUCAAAGGAAAAACCAUUAAGCCAGUUAUCAGUUUUACUAAACCCAUAGAUACAUACAGUUCAAAUAUACUUUUAGAUGUUCUAAUCUGACCUUUUCCUUCACUGCAAGUAAAAGGUGCAAGAUGUGAAUAUAAUGAUCAAUGCAUAUAAUUUAUUUCUUUAAAGAUAUUGUUCAGUAUGUAUUUUAGAACUACACUAGUACAUGUGCAAACAUAUCCAAAAACCACAUACAUAGGACUGACAGUCACAAAGUGUAGUGAAAUAAGCCAGUAAGUAAAUUGAGCUAUCUACGUAUGUUGUUGCAGAAGAGAAGUAGAACCCCUUAGAAUGUAAGCCUAGUUGUUUGUAGGUCGCCUAUGUAAGGGCCGACUACAGCAGUGCAACUCUCGGCAGGGCCCUCUACCCAUUUGAUCCCUAUAAAUGUUCUUGUAUACUGCCUAUGUUUAUAGCGCUGAGGAAUCUGUUGGCGCUCUACAAAUACCUGAUAAUAAUAAUAAUGGGGGAAUCGGGGGGGUCAGAUAUGAAGAAUAGGAGGGUUUAGUUUAAGACCCUGUGCCGUAGGUUGGAUAUUUUGGCAUUAUAGUUGAGAAUUUGACUGUGAGUCUUCCCUUUUACCAUUAAAAAUGUGACUGAAAUAUGCUUCAGUGUUGCACAGCUGGAGUUCAAGAAAAGUAGAUAGUAAUUUGCUAGUAAAAUUAUUUAUUUUUGCUUGCUAUAUGGGUCGGAUAUUUUGCACAGUCUUUAUUAUGUAAUAUGUUUAGUCUCUGAAUUUUUCAUUCAUGUUGGCCGUCCACAAAAGGUUUGCAGGAUCUUUCCUUAGUUAAAAAUGGAGAUGCCUUUUACUGUAGAAUUUUAACUUGUUUUUUAAAUAUUUAAAAAUAUAGUUGUUUAUAAACUAAAAGGAGAUUUGUUUUAUUUUUCAGGUGUUUUCUUAUUUUAUUGCUGAGUUGUGUAACUUUUAUAUAUCAAAAACUGUGUUUUUAUGGUGCUUCCAGAGUAAUUUAUGCCAAUGAAAUAAAAAUCCCUUUAAAUUUGUAUUGUGCCUAUAAAUUGUACAUGUUUUGCAGUAGAUUUACUAACAAUAAGCACUUUGUUUGUAAUUUCAUUCCAAUUUGUUCUUAAUGGACAAUUCAUUUGUGAUAUUACAAAGUGGAUGUACAAUUAAAGUUUUUUUAAAUACAAAUUUAAAA